GCAGCUGGUAACAGAAAGAUACUCAGGUGGAGGCAGUGGCAUAAGAGAGCACAUACUGAGGAUGAGCAACUUGGCAUCCAAGCUCAAACCAAUGGAUCUGGCUCUAAAGGAUGAGUUCCUUAUCCAUUUGAUUUUUGCUUCUUUGCCAAAAGAGUUUGAUACAUUUGUUGUAAACUACAACAUACAGCCCGAGAAGUGGGAUUUAGAGAAGCUCAUUGCUAUGUGUGUGCAAGAAGAGGAAAGGAUAAAAGCUUCACAUGGUGGUUUCAUCAACUAUGUGAAAGAGAAUAACAAGAAAAAGAAUUUCGAUGCCAACUCUCCAAAGGGCAAGGGCAAAGGCCCCAUGCAGCAUCAACAAAAGAAAUUCACAGUGGAGAAAGAUCAGUGUCUUCAUUGCAAGAAGACGGGGCAUUACAAGAAAGACUGUCCCGAAUUCUUGAAAAUGAUAAUGGCAAAGAAAGGGAUUCCGUUCGACGAGGACUACGCAAAGAAGCGAAAGACACGUUAAAGUCGCAAAUGGAGUCCAAGCAGAUGUUGAAGCCAUUGGCGACCUUCCUCUGGAGCUUGCUGAUGGAUUCACAUUAAUUCUUAGAGAUGUGCUUUAUGUUCCCUCUUUACAGAGGAAUUUGAUUAGUGUUUCAUGUUUGGACAAUGAUGGAUAUGAUUGCCAUUUUGGAAAUGGCAAAUGUAAGAUAACAUUCAAUAAUGCAUGUGUUGGGAUUGCUAUCUUACAAAAUGAGUUAUAUUUGUUAUCACUACGUGAUGAAGUAAAUGUUAUAUGUGAUAGUGAAAACGUAUCCUCGUCUGCGGAUGUAAACAGAAAACGAAAGCGAACUCAAGAUGCGUCGUCGAAAUUAUGGCACUGUCGUUUAGGCCAUAUUUCGAGGGGGAGAAUAGAGAGACUAGUAAAGAAUGAUAUUCUUCCUCCAUUAGAGUUCGCAGACUUAGAGCAAUGCAGAGAUUGCAUAAAAGGAAAAUAUGUAAAGAAAAUUAAGAAAAAUGCCAAACGAAGCACAGGAAUAUUAGAAAUAAUCCACACAGACAUAUGUGGUCCAUUUCCUGUGAAAAGUGUGGAUGGUUUUGACUCGUUCAUAACAUUCACAGAUGAUUACUCCCGUUUUGGCUAUAUUUAUCCAAUUAAAGAAAGAACAGAAGCAUUGGAUAAAUUUAAGAUAUUCAAAGCAGAAGUUGAGAACCAACACAGUUUAAAGAUUAAGAUAGUC